UCAUAAUUAGAUUGUUAUUUUUUGGUGAUUUUAUUUGUCAAUCACCAUUUGAUAUUGAUCCAUUUAUAAAUAAAUCAUUCAAAAAUGCUCAAGUUCUUUAUCUUAUCCACAGCUGUUGUGCUGUGUAGUGCAAGUUAUGGUGGUGGUGGCGGAGGUGGAUAUGGUGGCGGCGGUGGAGGAGGCGGAGGUGGUGGAUACGGUGGAUAUGGUUCAAUUGAAGCAGCAAUCUAUUCCAAUCAUAAAGUAGAUGUUAUACCAGUGCCAAGUAAAAAAGGCUAUGGUGCACCAACAUAUAUUGAUGUACCUGGUGGUGCAUUACCUGUUUAUAUUAAUUUUCAAUCACAAUCAUCACCUGUUUAUGUUAAACAACAACAUUAUGGUAUGAGUGGUUCAUAUCAAAAAUCAUAUUCAUAUGAUGAACCACAUAAAUUGGUACAUGAAGUUACCAAACCAAUUGUACAAGAAGUUCGUGAAGUUAUUAAACCAUAUCGUAAAGUUGUACAAACAAUUAAACCAGUUCAUGAAGAAGUACUUACAUUGGUACAUAAAGGUGCAGGAUACGGGGGUGGUGAAGGUUAUGGUGGUGGUGGCGGAGGCGGUGGUGGCUACGGAGGUGGCGGUGGAGGCUAUGGCGGUGGUGGUCAUGGUGGUGGUGGUGGUGGCGGCGGCUAUGGUGGUGGUGGUGGAGGUUAUGGAAGUGGUGGUGGUGGAGGAGGUGGAAAAGGUGGUGGUGGCUAUCCAAAACCAUAUAAAGGUGCUGCAGCAAUGGCUGGUGGUGGUUAUGGUGGUGGUUAUUAAUAACUUUGAAAAAAAACAAACAUAAGAUUUUUCGGUCUUUCGGUCAACAAACAAACAAAAAAUGGUAAAACCAAAAAAACAGAAAAAUGUUCACCUGAAUCCAAAGAUAAAACAUACAAAAAAAACCAUUUCAUAUCUCAAAUUCAAUAACUAAACAUCAUCUCAAACAAUCCACCCACACCACACACACACGCAUAUACACCUGUAUUUUUUC